AUGGAAAAUCAUAAAAUACCCGCGAAACGAAAUCGUUGUGGAAAGGUUGUUCAUACCAGCCAGAAACAAACUAUUAUAGAUCGAUACAGUGAUAUCCUCAGCACAGAUCCCGAUAUUAAGUAUGAGAAUUUAGUGACAAAAUUGUCUGCAGCAUGUGGUAUUGGAAUACUAACAGUCAAAAACACUAUCAGUGAAUACAAACGUACUGGCAAAGUAUCAUCGCCAUUGAACAAUAAGAAAAGACGUACUGUAAUAGAUAAAGUUGACGAAUAUGACAUAAGUGCAAUUCGUCAAAAAAUCCAUGAAUUUUGGUUCAGACGAGAAAUUCCAACAUUAGCAAAAAUUAUACGAGUAGUAAACGAUGAUCCGGAUCUUCCAAAUAUAACACGUUCGUCAUUCCAAAGAUUGUUAAAGAGCAUGCAAUUUGAGUACACAAAAAGGGACAAGAACAUUGCUCUUACCGAAAGAGAGGAUCUUGUUACUUGGCGGCGCAAUUAUAUUUCUGACAUUCGACGUUAUCGACAGGAAGGCCGAACAAUUUAUUUUUUGGAUGAAACAAUGCUGUGGUUCAAUACUGGAGAUUGUUUGUCAAGAGUGUGCCUUGAACAAACAAUGGUCAACACAGGGACUACAGGGUCACGUAAUCCAACAAGCAAAGGCAAUUGGCUCACUCUUGGUCAUAUCGGGUCGGCUGAGGGUUUCGUCGCAGGUGGUCUUUUGUGUUUUGAAUCCAAAAAAAACACAUUUGACCAUCACAAUGAAAUGGACGGAAAUACAUUUUUCAAAUGGUUCUGUGGCGUAUUACCUUUAUUGAAAGAUAACUCGGUAAUAGUCAUGGAUAAUUCACAGUACCAUUCGGUGAAAACAGAACAAACACCUACCUCUUCUUGGAAAAAGGCUGCCAUAAUUGAAUGGCUUGAAUCCAAAGGCGUAAAGACCAACCCGUCCAUGAUUAAAUUUGAUUUGUUAAAAAUUGUUCGAGAGAUAAGACACAAAUAUGAUUUGUAUGUGGUUGAUGAAGAGGCCAAAAAGCAAAACAAAAUUGUUCUACGUAUACCUCCAUACCACUACGAACUCAAUCCUAUUGAGUUGGCUUGGUUAGUAGUAAAAGAACAUGUGAAGGUAAAUAACAGAACAUCUAAGAUAAAUGACGUUCGGCAAUUAUUAAACGAUGGUAUACAAAAAGUGACACCUGAAAUGUGGUCCAAUUUUGUUUCACGCACUAUAAAAAAAGAGGAAAGAUGUUUGCGGGUAGACUAUAUUUCUGAUGAGAUGUUGGACGAAGAACCGAAAUCGCACGUGUUAUCGAUUACUGGAUUGACGACUUCUGAUUCAGAAAACAGCGAUUGA